UUUGAAUAUAUUCAUAAACUGAUAAUAAAAUGAAUGAAGAUAGUUCUUCCAUCGAUUUUGAACAUGUGUUGAAUCAAGACCCAAACAUGUUGGUCAAAGUGUCAAGUCCUACUGCAGGGAGUGAAGUGCAGCAAAGUUUUUCAACAUUAACAGAUGUUUAUGCCAAAAUUAAAGAACAUGAAAUGUUACAUACUGUGCAUUAUGUUAUAGCAUUUAAACCAACUAUGGAACAUAAUAUUGAUGAUAUAAUGAAGAAAAACCACAAGAUCUAUUUUGAGAGUAAAGAUCUUCCAUUUACUGGAGUCCCAUUCAUUUUUUCAUCAUGUAGUACUUUUUCAUCAUGUACUGUUUCAUCAUGUAGUAUUGUCAACAAGGAAAAGACAAAGGUCUGA